AUGACUAUAUCCUCGCUACCCUCCUACCCCCCCAAACCAAUCCCCAAAGGAGCCUGGGACACGCACCAUCACAUCUUCGAGCCCGACAUCUUCCCCUUCGCCUCAGGCCGUCACUUCACGCCCGCCCGCGCAUCCCUAUCAGAUCUACAAGCUUUCGAGAAGAGCCUCGGUGUCCAGAACGUCUGCAUCGCACAUGGUCUAUCCUACGGACCGGAUUGCUCUUCUCUACUAUAUUUUCUAAAGCAGUUCAAUGCUCCAGCCCAUGACCCAGAGGCAGAAAAAGAAGAACACAACAGACGCAGACCGACCCAAGCACGCGGAAUCUGCGUUCUAGACAUCAACACCGUCACCGAUGACGUCCUAGACGCGUACAACGCGGCAGGGAUACGCUCUGUCCGGAUCGAUUUCUUCCGCGAGAAAGCAAUGCAUGACGUUGAGGUCCAAAAGCGGUUGAUUGAGACGACAGGAGCGCGGCUGGAGAAAUGGUGGCAGUCAAGAAGGGCCAGGAAAGAUGGCUGCACCAAACAAGGCCACAAUGACAACGGCACUGGAAAUUGGAGUAUUCAAAUCCAACAAUCGCACCUAGAGCACUGGCCCCACUUGCGCGCAUCUAUCACAAGAAGUCCCCUCCCUGUCGUGGUGGAUCAUUUCGCUCUGGUACCGGGGAGUAGUCAUCGCUUUGGUGACGAGUCUACCUGCAUCCAAGACGCUCGGCACCUUCGAUCCGAGGAAAGGGAAGGACUAGAGGCGUUAAGGGGGUUGUUGCGGGGCGGAAAUAUGUGGAUAAAGUUGUCUGCGCCGUAUCGGUGUUCGAAUCUAGCGCCAGGGUAUGAGGACUUGCAAUGGCUGGUGAGGUUCCUGGUUGAUUCGAACCCGGAGAGGGUGCUGUGGGGGAGUGAUUGGCCUCAUACGCAGAGACACGAGGAUCGGGUGGGAAAGAGUGCGAGUCAGGAGGAGGCGUUUUUGCAGGUUGAUGAUAAGGCCUGGGCUGAGGCGUUGAGUCGGUGGGUGUCGCAGCGGGAGUAG